GCAACUUUUCUCUGCAUCGCAGAGGACCGGAUCAAAGUUUUAUAUGCACACGACGAGCAGCCUACUAUUGCGAGAAUGGGGAUCGUUCUGCGUGUUUCUCGCCAAGACAGCCACCGAGUCCAACAACAGAGCGGGAAGAUGCUCAGCGUUAUUCGGGCGUCAAGAGCAUCAGGCGUCUGGUUCUCAACCCCGGCGAUCGACUCCCUGGGGGCGAAGUGGAAGUCGUUGAAGCGCAGCUACGAAGACGCUGAGGCGGGUUUGGUCGACUCGCUGGUGUCAGAUUUCCAAGCAAACUGUCAUGGCUAUAUGGACGAACUCGCAGUUCGUGUUGCUGAGCUG